AUGGUUGACCCAUUCCAAAUUAUUGAUGUCGAAAUCAACGAUAUCGAAUUGAAAAUCCCAGUGAUCAUUUAUGAUAUUUUCAAUUAUAUCGAAGAUAACAUAACUGAAGGAAUUUUCAGAAUUAAUGGAUCUUUAAAGAAGAUUAAUCAAUAUUAUUCAAAUUUAAGUAAAUAUCCUAAAUUCUUAAAACAUCCUGAUACUUCCAUUUAUGAUAUUUGUUCAUUAAUUAAGAAGAUUUUGAAUUCAAAUUAUCAAUUUGUUGAUUCUGAACAUUUAAACUUAACUGGUAAUAAUGCUGUGGAUAUUAAGAAUUUCAAUAAUCAUUUAAAUACUGAAAUUCCUAGUCUUUCUAUUAACAUUUUUAUCUUUGUUAUUAACAAAUUACAUAAUUUCUUGAAAUAUCAUGACGAAACUAAGAUGACUAUUAUGAAUUAUUCAAUCAUUUUCCAACCAAUUUUGAUUUCUUCAGAUAAUUUAUUAUUAUUACCAAAUUUUAUCAACUUAUUGAAAUCUAUCAUUGAAAAUAAAGAAGAUAUUAAAUUCUUACAUUCAAGAAAUUCAUCAAUCAUUUCAAAUUUUAGUGAAAAAGACUUUGAAAGAGGUGUUUAUGAUAGAAAUAAUAAUUUCAUUGAUUCUAAUUUUUUCAAGAACUUCAAAAGUUUCAAGAACAAAUCUUUUGAUACUAUAAAUGAUUCAUUAAAGAUGAAAUUGACUCAAAAUAAAGAUUUCUUAAAGUUAAGAUCAAAAAUGAAUUCUAUUGAGGAUAUUAAAUUUGGUAUUGUUGAGGAAGAAAAGGAAGGUUCAGAAACUUCAGCACCUCACACUCCACAUAUUGAGAGUUCUGAAAAUCCAGAAACUCCAGAAAAUGAGGAUUCACAUUCAGAAAAAUCCUCAGUUUCAACCUCACAUGAUCAAUCCGGGAUUGAUCAAUCCGGGAUUGAUCAAUCAUUCAAUGCAUCUUUAAAAGAAUUACCUUUGGAACAAUCAUCUCCAUUGGAUGAAUUUUCAGAAACUUUUGAAUCUCCUCAAUCUCAUCAUGAUAAUGAAUCCAUUGAAUCAGAUGAAUCUAUUGACUUACCUCAACCUUCAUUGGCUCCGUUAUCAGAAAAGAAUCAAUAUUUCUUAACUGAAUCACCAGUUACUAAACCAAGAGAAUCAAUGAAUUCGAUCAAUGAAUUAUGUAAAUUGGAUUCUAUCAAUUCCAAGUCAUUUCAAUUCAAUAUCAAUCUUGAUUCUCAUUCUAUAUUAUCAAAUUCAUCAUAUCAUUCCAUUGAUAAUCAUAAUGAUACAACUUUUGAUACUAUUGAUACUAAAGGUCCAGUUACAAGUUCAGAUUGUUCAAUUGAUCCAAAGGAACUUCCACUUCCAGAAUCUCCUGUUAAGAAGGUAGUUAAAUCUGAAGAUAAAAGAGUCGAAAAGGUUAAAAAGAAUAGGAACUCAAUCUUAUUCGGUGACUUAUCACCAUUGAAUUCUAAUGUUAACAAACGGAAAAGUUUCAUUAGUCUUUUUAAAAACGAUGGGGUGAAAAGGAAUUUCACGUUAAAAUUCAAAAAUAGGAGCGUUUAUUAG